UCAUCUCGGCCAUUUUGCAUAAAUCUCGCAGGCCCACACGUAGACCAGCCGAAGAUUUCAACGAUUUUCUGCAGCUCCAGGUUUCAGAACCAUUCAGAGCCGUUAAUAAAGUCAAAUUUGAGUGCUACCGCAAGUAAUUCAAUUAAACGAAGAUGGCACGUUACACCCAACGCCCGGAAAACGCCUUAAAAAGAGCCAAUGAGUUUAUCGAAGUGGGAAAGCCGUUGAGGGCACUGGACACACUGCAGGAAGUGUUCCGAAACAAGCGAUGGAACUACGCCUACUCGGAGACAGUCAUAGAGCCUCUAAUGUUCAAGUACCUGUACCUAUGCGUGGAGCUAAAGAAGUCACACAUCGCCAAGGAGGGACUCUUCCAAUACCGGAACAUGUUCCAGUUGGUCAACGUGAACUCGCUGGAAAACGUGAUCCGCGGAUACCUGAAGAUGGCCGAGGAGCACACGGAGGCCGCCCAAGCGCAAUCAUCGGCGGCCGUCGCCGUUCUGGAACUGGACGAUUUGGACAAUAUCGCCACGCCCGAAAGUAUCUUAAUGAGUGCCGUGUGCGGCGAGGACGCCCAGGACCGUUCGGACCGCACCAUACUGCUGCCGUGGGUGAAGUUCCUCUGGGAGUCCUACUGCCAAUGCCUGGAGCUGCUCCGCGUCAACACUCACUGCGAGGCACUGUACCAUGACAUUGCUCGGAUGGCUUUCCAGUUUUGUCUUAAGUACAACCGUAAGAGCGAGUUCCGGCGCCUGUGUGACAAGCUGCGCAAACACUUGGAAGACAUCUGCAAAAGUAGCAACCAGACCACCGGUGUUUCAAUCAACAAAGUGGAGACGCAGCAGCUCUGUCUGGACACCAGGCUGCACCUACUCGACUCGGCGAUCCAGAUGGAGCUGUGGCAGGAGGCUUAUAAGGCUAUCGAAGACAUCCACGGCCUGAUGGCCCUGUCGAAGAAGACCCCUGUGCCCAAAACUAUGGCCAACUACUAUCAAAAGCUGGCCAUGGUCUUCAGUAAGGCGGGCAACCAACUUUUCCACGCUGCAGCCCUACUGAAGCUCUUUCAGCUAACGCGCGAGCUCAAAAAGAACCUGACAAAGGAUGAUCUGCAGCGCAUGGCCGCUCAUGUUCUCCUGGCUACCCUAUCUAUUCCGCUGCCGUCAGCCCAUCCGGAGUUUGACAGGUUUAUCGAAGCGGACAAAAGCCCCUUGGAAAAAGCCCAGAAGUUGGCUGUUCUCCUGGGACUACCACAGCCGCCCACUCGUGUGUCGCUUAUACGAGAAGUGGUACGUUUGAGUGUACCUCAACUGGUGUCGGAGGACUUUCGCAAUUUGUAUAACUGGCUGGAGGUGGAUUUCAACCCACUGAACCUGUGCAAGCGCAUUCAGUCCAUUGUGGACGUUAUAGAGAGUGGGCCAGAAAACACUCUGCUAACUCCCUAUAUUCAGUCGCUAAAGGACGUGACCAUCAUGCGUUUGAUUCGUCAGAUCUCUCAGGUUUAUGAAAGCAUCCAAUUCCAACGUUUGUUGCAACUUGCAAGCUUUUGCAAUAUUUUUGAAUUGGAAAAGCUGCUGGUCGAGUCAGUCCGUCAUAAUGAUAUGCAAAUUCGCAUUGACCACAAGAAAAAUAGCAUCUACUUCGGCACUGAUCUUACCGAAAGUCAGCGCGAGUACAGACCCGAUGGGCCCGCUCUGCAGUCCAUGCCGUCGGAACAGAUUCGUUCUCAAUUAGUCAACAUGUCUACCGUGCUAACAAGGGCUGUUUCCAUAGUCUAUCCGAACCGGGAACGUGACCAGCGAGCCAAGCUGCGUACACAAAUGGUGCAUCACUAUCACGAGAUCAAGGAUCGCGAACACCAACGUAUUCUUCAACGCCAGAAAAUCAUUGAGGAUCGAAAGGAGUAUAUCGAAAAGCAGAACAAUGCGCGUGAGGAGGAAGAGGCAAGACGACAUGAGGAGGAAUCACGCAAAGCCAAAUUGGCAGAACAAAAGCGUCUCGAGCAAGAGCAGGAAGAACGUGAGCGUAAACGCCACCAGAACGAAAUCCAAGCCAUCCGGGAGAAGAGUCUGAAGGAGAAGGUGCAGCAAAUUUCGCAGACGGCUCACGGAAAAAAGAUGCUUUCUAAACUAGACGAGGAAGGUAUCAAGAAGUUGGACGCCGAGCAGAUCGCUAAGCGGGAGAGUGAGGAAUUGCAGCGCGAAGCCAAGGAACUUCAGUCAAAACUUAAGUCGCAGGAAAAGAAAAUAGACUAUUUUGAACGUGCCAAGCGCUUGGAGGAGAUCCCACUUUUCGAAAAAUACUUGGCCGAGAAACAGGUUAAGGACAAAGAGUUCUGGGAGGCCACUGAGAAGACGCGCAUCGAGAAUGCUAUUACCGAACGGAAAGACGCCGUUAGCCAGCAGGAGCGUCUUAAGCGCAUGUAUCCCGACCGGGAUGAAUUUCUCGAGGCCCUCAAAAAGGAACGUGCUUCGCUCUAUGUCGAAAAGCUCAAGAAGUUCGAGCUUGCCCUGGAGGCAGAGCGCAAAAAGCGCCUGGCUGACCGGAUUGUUCGUCGUCGCGAGGAACGCCGCCAGGCCUUUAUUCGUGAAAAAGAGGAGGAGCGACUUCGCAAGGAGGAGGAAAUUCGUUUGGCGCAGGCUGCCGAGGAACGCGCUGCCGCAGAGGCGCGACGUUUGGAGCGGGAAGCCGAAGACGAGAAACGACGCGCACAGUACGAAAAGCAACGUGCCAAGGAGGAGGAGGCCGAACGCAAAAUCAAGGAAGACCGUGAACGUAUGGCACGAGAGGUGGCCGUGGAGCGCGAACGUACCGAGAAGGAGCGGGACACAUGGCGUCCCCGUGGUGGCGACCGUCCAAGCGCACCGGCCGGCGGACCCGGAGAGUGGCGUCGAGCUGCGCCUGCAGCAAGCGACCGCAAUGAGCGUGGCGGUGAACGAAUCGAACGUGGGGGAGAACGUAUCGAGCGCGGAGGAGAUCGUGUUGAGCGGGGCGGAGAUCGCAUUGAGCGCGGAGACCGCAUUGAACGCGGUGGAGAACGCAUGGAACGAGGCGGAGACCGCGACCGCAAAGACAACGAAGGAGCGGACUCAUCGUGGCGUGUACGACGGGAGCCAGAUUCCCAGCGUACUGUUGCGCCUAAGGACAGUGGCGCUCCCCAAUCACGCGAAGACAAGUGGCGACGUGGCGGCGACCGUGAUUUCCGCAAUGAUGGACCUCGUCGUGACCGUGACGAUGGACCUCGUCGUGAUCGUGAUGAUGGACCGCGCCGGGAGCGUGAUGAAGAACGCGGUGCCUUCCGCCGGAAUGACGGUCCACGACGUACGGAAGAGCCACAACGCGAGACGGGUGGUAACUGGCGCGACGCCCCACGUCAGGGGGAUCGAGAGAAUCGACGUCCAGCUGGCGAAAGACGCGAUCGGGACUUACGUGACGCUCGUGGCGAUCGCGGACCUGCUCCUAAAGAAUCAGCAAGUGGUGGCGGAGGUGGCAAUUGGCGUACGGCUGCAGCUCCUCGCGAGGAAAAGCCUGCAGUCAAGCGUGAUCAACCACAGGACAAGGAAAACAAAACUGGGGAUGAUGGUGAAUGGACCAGCGUUAAGCGACGUUGAACUGCUACCAAUCUUCGUGGCUUGAUUCGUAGUAUUUUCGCAUUUUCGUGUCUACGCAAAAUAGUAACAUAGUUUUAAUUUUAUCCGAUUUAUACUCUAUUGGAAUACAGCUUAGUCAACGCCGUAUAUUACAUCUAUCCAAUAAUGCUUGCGGCAGAUAGUAUAAAAUAAGUUGGUCAUCGGUCAUCGACUCACUAAAGUACUAUCGAAUAAAAUAACCAUGUUCUAA